UCCCACAGAUGCAAUCAUAGGUUUCUGUCCCAGUCAUUGCUGAUAGCCCCCAGGAAACGGAGAAGAAUGAUCACAAUAAUACUCUACUCGUUCUGGGUGAUGAACUACAUUUGGUUAGAGAUAUUGCUGGUACCAGUUACUGGGCAGUCAACUAUUGGUGAUGGAGAACCAGAAGUUUCAAAUUCUCUUCAGAAGUAUUUAGUGGCUGCUCUUGUCCUGCUGGUUAUACUACUGUUAGUAUGUGUUGCAGCAAUCUUUGGAAUAACUCUCAUCUACAUUAAACUCAGUCAGAUCGGGAAAAUAUUGUCAGAAAAAGAUGACGAGACGUAUGCACAGAUUGGUACUAACCUGGCUCAAUUUACACAAGUGAGGAAAGAUAAGGACUUGACCAAUACUAAUGGGAAUGUGAAAGGAAACAACAGCGUCGGACAAGUGGAAAUUGACAAUGAACAUGACACAGAAGAGAGGUCAAGCAGGAGCUCUUAUCUCAAGUCUCCUGAUGGGACAGUUCAAGCCACCCCAUUUAAGUCUGCCAACAAAGCAAAGCUUGGCAUGAAUUCAUCAAAAGACUCCAAUGCCAAUGGAUUCAGAGGGGAUAGCCGGUUAACAGAGAAUAUUCCUAAAUAUUCCUCACCACCGUCUUACAACAAUGCUAUCAGGAAUGGUUCACGAAAUCCUGCAACACAAAUGGAUAAAGCAAAUGGGAACCAUGAAAAUCUAACUCAUGGAGAGUUGAAUAAUUCCCAGGGGAAUGUGCUUCAACAAUCAACAGAGUUGAGAACUUUCAACCAUGCUGCAAACAGUGGCUCUGUUGUCACCCAAAUUAAUCAGAAAACUGCAAAAAAGCCUAAAACUGAAGCAGGGCAUUUGGAGGCAAACGUCCCAGAGCACUCUUCUCCUGACGCAAGUAUUUACGCAAUUUAUGAUGUGCCACGACCUUGCUUGUGUUCCUCGAUGUGCCGUGGUGUAGUCUGGCAUACAUCAACUUUCCAACACAACACUCUGAAGCGCUCCUUAAGUGAAAUAGGCCCCUCUGCCUUUGAACUACCACUUGAAAUGCUUCAGGAUAACAAGUAUGCCGUGCCUCGACCUGUGACCUUCCCAAACCAUGUAAACUAUGAAGCUGAUUUUAAGAAUCUGGAGAAAUCUUCAUCCAAGGACUCUGGCGUCCUGUCAUAUGUGGAUUCCCAGUUGCUAGAUUUGAUCCCUGAGGGAAAUGAACCUCAUCUUGACUCAAAAAGUAAUCUCGAAAACAAACAAAGACAAGUAGCAGAUAAGGAAUCCACUGGUGACACGAGUUCAUUUAUUUAAUAGAAUUGUAAAUUAGGAGUCCCAAACAUACAUAAAAUGAGUAACGUGCCUUUAAAGUUCAAAAGAAGGAAUUGCCCUGUGCACUUUCUUAAGACAUGAAAGAUAGCAAGUGUUGAACUUUUGUUAGCAAUCCACAUGUACCCCGUUUGUACAUUUAAUUUAUUACUGGUGAUAAGUUCAGCUAAUUUGUGUUUAUUAAGUGAAAAUUUGCUAAUUUACUAACUUCUGUCAAUAAGCAAAGAGGUUAUGCAUCUGUAGCAAAUAACUUCUAACUCCCAAAUAGCAGGAACGAAUGGCACAAGAAUGGGAGAUAAUUAUUUCCACUGGUCUAACAACUUAUUAGAAGAUAAUAAGAGAGUCUAGAGCACUCAAUCAAAUAGCAAAACAAUUAUUUUGAAGCAGAUCAACUGGAAAAGUUGGGACUCUGCACUCUGCCACCUCAUUUGUAUUAUGACAUUUAUCAUGCAUAAAUAUCAAUUAUAUAUAAUUGACCUGAAGCUUAAGUUACAUGGCAUAUUACAAAAUUGUGGUGUCCAAUUCUGAGCAUCACAUUUUGGAAAAGAUGUUGAGGCCUAGGCAAGGGUACAGAGGUGAUUUACCAGAAGAAAACCUGGGAUUUCAAGUACCUGGGAAGACUAGAGAAGUUGAGGUUGUUCUCCAGAGAAAGCUAAGGGACGAGCUAAUAGUGAUGUUCGAAAUUAUGAAGUGUUUUGGUAGGGCGAAUGGGGAGAGAUUAUUUCCACUGGUAGGAAGUAACCAAGGGACUAAGAUAAUUAGGAAGAUAAGUGGGGAGAACUUCUUUUUACUCAGCAAGUUGGUAAGAUCUGGAAUGCACUGCAUGAAAACCCCACCACCCUACCCUCAACUUUGGCAUCUGCAUACCUACAGUCUGCCUCUCACUCAAAUCAGACAGGAAGUGGUAAUUGGCUGUUAGGUGGGUACAUUAUUUUUGGGAACUGGAGGCUAUUACAGAGGAACAAAAAAAUGCCCCCUGGCACUUAGGUAAGUCAUCAGGAAGGGGUUUCAGGACCGUCUUAUAAUCAAGGAAGGGAUAACCCAGGGCAAGGGAAGUCUAACCUUACCUUGGUCAUGUCUUGUAGGAGCAUUUUAUGGCCUUGCUCCUCUUCCUGUGAGUUUCACCAGGUGAGAAAGCUAUAAUGCCUUCUCUGCUAAUGUCACAGGUUAAAAUUGGAAUCAAGGGUUAUCAGACCCCGAUCUGCAUACUUAAAGAAAAUCCAUACUAAUGACAUCUUUGCCACCUGCUCACAAAGGCAGGCUGACAGAGAAAUCAGUGGGAAUAGAGAGGGUCACAAGCAGUUAAGUAUACUAUCAGAGUUAAUUGCCUGCUCUCAACAUCACUCCCUUCUUCCUGCCAGACAGAUAGGAUUAAAAUCAUCUCUGCUAAACGCAUUAAGCAAUUGGUAUCUAAAAAUAUUUCCCUGCAGAUAAUGCACAGUGUAGACCCAGAUAUCCACAAUUCUUAUGUUCAUAUCUUUGCACACCAUUUAUCCCCAAAAGUAUCCAAGUCAUCUAGUGGAGAAGUCAUUGUCAUCUCUGAGACUGAGGAAGAAAACAGUUCAAAUGAAGACUGAAAGAUAUCUGCCAGUAACAGAGAGCCAAAAUCUGAGGAAGAAAUAUAAAAAUGCUGACAGCUGCAUUACAGGAUGUUGUAUCCUCCACAGGACCAUUUUUGUUCAAAGAAUUAUCUAAGGAUGUUCUUACACCACAGCAAUCAGCCCAACUUGCAGCAGGGCAGAACUGGCUUCAAAUUUCCUGGCUCCUGCCUUGCUAGAAUGGGUAAAGCUCUUUGUAAACAAAUCGAAAAUGUAAAUGUUGAGAGACAAAUGGAGAGAGUUGAAUUCCUGCUCAAAAUUGAAGCGAGGUUAGGUGGGUUUACAAAAUGUCCCUGAGGUCCAAUGAAACCCCUAAGUACUUUACAACUUCAUUACUCAGUGAAUGGUUAGAAUGUGGUACUGGCUACCACAAGGAGCAGUUGACCCAUAUAGCAUAGAUACAUUUAAGGAGAAGCUAAACAAGGACGUGAGGGAGAAAGUAAUAGAAAGUUACACUGAUAGGGUUAAAUGAAGAAGAAUGGGAGGAGGUUCAUGUGAUGCAAAAUAUCAACAUGGACAAGUUGGGAUGUGGUCUGCUUCUGUGCUGUGAAUUCUAUGUGAAUCAGAUUUGACACUGCAGCAGAUUUGCAAUCCAUGCAGUGUCAAACCACAAUGAUCUAUGAUUGCCAUAUUCAUGGAGCCACAUCUCGAUGUUUCCUGAAGCCAGCUAAGACACUGGGUGGAACGUUGUGUCCUCUCCCAUGGCGGGUUUGGAGGCAGGGGGACAUUUAAUUGGGCGGGUGAGAACCCUGCUGCUUUCCCAUCCCCAUCCCAAUUAUGCCCGGGAUGGAAAGGCCCAUGGUCAGCCUUCCCAACCUGCUGCCAAUUGAUGCCCUUGUGUGGUCAAUUAAUACCUAUUUAAGGGCCUCAUCCAACAGUCACUGUUACUAACCUGGCAACAGACAGGGGCCUCACCUUGCGGGGAGCACAACAAGCAAAUCCACAUGAGGUUGUUCGCAGGCUCCCAAGGAGUUCACUGGUUCAAAGGCAUUCAGUGCCUGAUCAAGGGACCCAGGCCACCCCCUGUCCUGAUUUCCACCUCCCCUCGCCUGUGAACCCCAUCGCCUGUACUUCCUCCUGCCAUCACUCACUUCUGGCCUGGGAUCCAGCAACAGUCCUAGGCCUGUUAGUUGUUGUACCAGCAGUGCAGUGGCUGCUGCCAUUAAGUAGAAUUGGAGGCCUCUGAUUGACCAGCAGUUCUUGGAUCCUUGAUCCCAGGGAAUGCCCACCGCUGGUCUGUCAAGUGUCUGAGUGGCACAAAGCGUGCUGGGACAUUCCAAAAAGAGGUGACAUGGGGGUCUCACUAGCUCUCCAGCUAGCAGCCAUAACCACCGACACCUCCACAACGUUCCACCCUAGCUCUAAAAUUACAGUCAGUUUAUCAUCAGUGCAAAGCUGAAAUGACUUACCACCAAUGGUAAACUUGCAUCCCAAAGGACAUGAAAGAAUGUUGGACAUGGAGAAGCAUUUAUGCUCAGCGCCAGCAUAAUAAUUAAGUCUGUGCAGCCUAGCUCAAUCCAAUUUCAAAAUCUCACUGAGGGAGGAACAAUUCUGCAAUCUCUAGAUCAUUGGCCAGUGAUCUCUGCUGGAACAUGUUAGUGUGUGCAUGUUGCUAAAGGGAGGGAUAAGGUUCAGCAAUGACAUUCCUCACCUGUGUUUUUUUUAAUCAAUAGUUCUAUGUGAGGGGUGAAGAUCCAGGGUACCAAGCACCACCAAGCAUGAAAAAAGUAGCCUAACAGACUUAAUAAAUUACAUGGUGAUUAAGUUGAGUAGUCAGAUGGCACACCAGACCUAAAAAUCCUCGGGCAUGUUUUGUUGACAAAAUGCAGCACAUCGAAUGCAAGCAACCUUUGCUCCUGACCCUCUGAGGUGGUUUGGGAGGUUAUAUAAGUUAAACUACAGGUGGGCACUUGCAUCACUAUGGAGACAAUUUGGGCACCUACCUGAGGAAAAUGGAAGGAGGAAGCAGAAAAAGAUUGUAAGAGGCUCACGAUCAGUGAGGGGAGACUUCGGCCUGAGUGAGACAAAGACCGAGUGAGUAUACUUGGGAAUUUGGUUCAAAGUAGGAAUUCAACUGGUAAAUUGUUUUCAAGUUCAAAUUUGGAGUAAGAGUCAAGUUCUGACUGAGAACAAACAACCCAGAAAUUAAGUAGCCUAGUUAAAUAGGCAACUGUCUUAGUGGCAGUUAACUGUCCAUCACCCAAAAGCCCUUUGCCUGAAUAGGGCCUAAAUUAGAUGCUGAUAACUGUAGCAGGAAGCUAGGCUAAAGAGUGACUCAUCACAGAUCUAGAUAAGAAAGGGACUUUUUAAGCGCAUGAUCAGUAAGAGGUGCACAAUCAGUGAGGGGAAACUUCAGCCUGAGUGAGACAGAGACCAAAUAAAUAUAUUAGGGAAUUUGGUUCAAAGUGGGAAUUUGGUGUAUGGGGGAUUAAGGUGCUUUAGGUAAGGUUUACUGUAAGAAGUGUGACUUAGAAUGGAGUGCUGGGACUUGGGUAAUUAAGGGAGUUAGGGAAGUAAGGAAGGGAAAAGGUGCUCUUUUUCUUUCUGCUUUCUAAUUUUCUCAGCCUUCAGCAAGUGGCCGCACUCUACAACAGGAGAAGAAGUUGUUAUUCGGUGAGUAAUUGGUAAGUGACUAUUCUAUUCUUAAGGUUCAAAAUAGUCUAGCAACUGGUGGCAAGGUUAAUAAAAUAUAUAAAAACAAAAGUAAAACAUAUAAUUGAAUAAAAUAAUAAAGUAGUUAAUUAGAACACAUAACAGAUGUCAGGAUGAUAUGUCACAGCUGUAGCAUAUGGGAGCUCCUGGAUGCCUGUUUGAUCCAGGGCAAACAUGUCUGCAGUAAGUGUUUGAAGUUGAGCAGCUUUGGCUCAGAGUUUAUGAGCUAGGGGCUGAACUAUAGGCACUGCAACGCAUCAGGGAGGGGGAAAGUUACCUGGAUUCUUUGUACCAGGAGGCAGUCACACCUCUUAGGACAGGGUCUUCUGAUUUGGUCAGUGGUCAGGGACAGGAGAAUGUGACUGCAAAUGAGGCAGGUAAGGAGACUCAGGGCAGGAGUGCAGGAGCCUCGGCCCUUGCAAUUGUCCAACAGGUUUGAGCUUUUUUCAGCUUGUUUGGAUGAGAGUGGGGCUGCAUGGUGGUUGAGCUAACUAGCCAAGGCACCGUGGUACAGGAAGCCAUUCAAGUGAGGGGGCCAAAAAGGAAUGUAGUGGUAGUAGGCGGAUAGUAUAGU